GGAGCGGAAGUGGACGACAUCCAUUUUUUUCCCCAGUUUUGUUUACUGUAGCUUCGGCGAUAGCGAGGUGGGAGAGCUAUGUUUAGUUUCUCCAAAGACACAGUUAAAUUGUCUUAAUGUGUCUAAAGAAGUACUUUUAGGCACUCUCUUGACUUGAAAACCUUAAAAGUCUUACUGCAAGAUCGCUUGACGUCGAGGGCCCAGAUGAUCGAGGUGGUGGCCUCCAUGGCCCGGGGCCCCGUGUUCUUGGCUGGGGAGCUCCUGGAGUGCCUCAUAACCUUCACUAACCCGAUAUCUCACCUCUCCACCUCGGCCAGCAGCGAGAUGUUGGCGUGGGCCAGCGCCCAGAUCCACUGCCAGUUUCAUGCCAGUGAGAACAGAGUGGCCCUGCCGGCCCACGGCAACAAGCAGGACGUCCAGGCCGACAGCGACACCGUGCUGAUUCCAAGCAGAGGAGAACGAGGGCAGUGUGUGCUGGACACACCUCCCAAAAUACUGUUCUGUGACCUGCGCCUUGACCCCGGAGAAAGUAAAACGUACUCCUACAGCGAACUGGUUCCCGUAGACGGACCUCCUAGUUUUCGCGGUCAGGCAGUGAAGUACGUCUACAAGCUGACCAUCGGCUGUCAGCGAGUCAACUCUCCCAUCAAGUUGCUCCGAGUUCCUUUCAGAGUCCUGGUUCUGCAGGGAAUGCCAGAGCCUCCGUUCCCUCACGAUGAAGAAGUUUCUCCCUCCAACCCGUUUCUGGAGGAAGAGGAAGCGAGCCGGCGAGAUGCGACAGCUUUGGAGAGAGCGCUGGACAUGCUGAUGGUCACCACCUCCAGACGAUGCCCUCACAUGUUUAAUAUCACCAACACGCGAGGAAAAGUGGCAAAGUUCUGCAUCUUUAAAACAAAAGCUAUACUCAUGAGGAAUUUAUUUAACAUAAAUGAAAGGUUAUUAAAGUUGUAUUUCUGUCCGAGGGAGACAUUUGCCUGCAAGUAUUCGGUGAGCCUGCAAAGCGAGGAGGAGAUCCAGCAGCAGUACCAGCGGAAUAGAAAACACAGGCCAUUACAUGUAAAUACGGACUGACGGCCGCACCUGGAGUCCUGCCUCCACACCGCCUCCAGCCACUUCUCUCUGUUCUCUUCCAACGCCGCCGACUCUUCACUGACAUCUCCUUGCUCUCGCUCUUCAGUGACUCUGAGGUGGCGCCUGCACUUUGAAUUCGUCACGGCCCGCGAGCCGAUGGAACCGCCCACCGUCCUUCAGAACCAAUCAGAGGUGACCGUCUGGGCGGGGGCGGAGCACGUCGACGUGGACACCUUCAGCUGGAACCUGCCGGUCAAAGUGCUGCCCACAAACCCAGCGCUGGCGUCCUACGUGUCCCAGUUCACUGGCACCAACAGCAUCAACAUCUGACCUCCAGAGACGCACAGUUUUUAAGACUGGUGUGUGUGUGUGUGUGUGUGUGUGUGUGUGUGUUUUCUUUGUACAGGUAACAAAUAUUUGCACAGAGUUGCAUAUUUCCAGAAGAAAUAAGCAUCCCGAGUUGGUGGAUUCAAAUUGUAUUGAAGCAAACUGUAUACGUCGCCUAUUUUUUUUGGCUUUUUAAAAUUUUUAGAAAAAUGCAACCUUUUCUUUUUGGUGUUUAUUUACUUCUGAGACUGAUUUCUGCGUGAACAGCUUUUAUUUUUAUUAUUUGAAGCCAGCAUUACUCAUACAAGAUGCUUUUCUCUGUGCAAGCUCUUCUCUUUGAGCUGGUCUAAGAAGCACAAGGAUAUAUUAACAGUUUAACCUCCAAUUUUCUUUCUUUAUUUUCCACAAGAGUGUCAUCUCCAGGUUAAAUGAGUUACAGCAGAAAACAGGUGAAGAGAAAUGCAUAUAAAGUAUGCAUUCUUGUUUAUAUUUACAUUACUACAUUGUUUUGACAAAAGUUUUGUUUAGCAAAGAACAUUAAAUCAGUUAAACAUGCAAACGUUUUACAGAAUUUUUAAAGCAUGGUUGAUUAUAGAAAUAAAAUAGAUUCAAA